GGCGAGCACGCACACCUAUAGUGGAAUACACCUGAGCAACACAUCUCAAAGAACGCCAGUUACGGAACAGGUAACUGUCCUUUAUGUUUUCCAAUGUGUGCAUUUAUCAACAUUGAACCAGAGGGGCAGGAAGAUCUGGUGCCUCUGCGGGCAUCUUCCUCAUUCUCCCCAGAUGAAGUGGUGGUGGGCACUUCCACCACACUGCCUGCCAUGGACAACAGGGCACACCAAAAGUUGCUCAAGAGGGUGGCUCAAAACUUUCUGGUCCUUUGAGUGUGGCUUUGCUCCUCAUUAAGACUAUCCAUAACACCACUAAGGUGUUGUGGCAAACACCCACCUCUCUUUCCUCCCUCCCCCCAUGGCAAAAGGGGUAGAGAGAAAAUACUUUGUGUCCUCUGAGGGGUAUGAGUGCCUGUUUACUCAUCCUCAUAUGGGCACUCUGGUAGUGGAAGCCGCCAGCCAGAAAGAAAGGCAGGGACAACCAGGGCAGACUCCUAAAUCCAAAGAAGCGAAGAAGCUAUGUCUCUUUGGUAGGAAGGUGUGUUCUACCGGGGGCUUCAGCUUCGCAUUGCCAACUAGUUAUAAUUCCUGGAACAUGCUGUCUAAGUUUCAGGAACUGCUGGAUGUCGCUAUCAACGUCUUCCAAAGGUGGGGAUUUCCCCAGAUAGACCUAUUCAUGACACGGUGCAACAGCAAGUGUCAGCAGUUCUGUUCCUUCCCAUGGAGGCCUGGGCUCACUCAUGGACGCCUUUCUCUUCCCUUGAAAGGGGCACUUGCUGUAUGUGUUCCUGCCCUUCCUGCUCGUCCACAAGGUCCUGCUGAAGGUCUGACAAGAGGGAGCAUCAAUAAUCUUGAUAGCACCAGCAUGGCCAGGUCAGCCACUGGUUCACCAUGCUUCUAGACUUGUCGGUGGACUCGCCUAUAACUCUGCCCCUGGUCCCGGACUUCAUCACGCAGGACCAUGGCCGCCUCCAGCAUCCCAAUCUAGAGUCUCUCCACCUUAUGGAAUGGAAACUGCAUGCUCAGACUCAGUUAGGGAGGUUCUCCUUGGACGCAGAAAGCCAUCCAGUCGGGCCAUUUAUCUAGCUAAGUGGAAGAGGGUCUCGAUUUGGUCAUUGCAGAAGGGCACUCUUCCGUUACAGUCAUUAAUUCCCUUCAUCCUGGACUGUUUACUUCAUCUAAAACAGGAAGGCCUGGGUGGUAUCAUCAAUCAAGGUGCACCUGGCCGCUAUUUCGGCUUUCCAGCCCGGCUCAGCUGGACAGUCAUUGGCCUGUUCCUCAAAUGGCUGCAUAGACUGUACCUUACGCCCAUGUGCGGAAUGAAUUGUGUUAUGUACCCCAAUAUGGAGGUGACGUGUCACACAACAAAAUUCAUGUGGUGGAGCUGUACUUAAUGGAUGCCUCUGGGCUUCCAGCUUAUCAUAGAAGAAGCAGGUGUCCCUCGUGAACACAUGCCAUGGGACCGUAGUAUAAGGUGGAUGGUGCUUAUUGAGAGAGAUUUCUUCAGGUGAAGGAGAUGGGCUUCUACAUCAGCUCCUUGUCUAGAGCCGCCUGCAGCAAAGCACACCUGGACUCCCAGUCAUCCCCAAGACAUUAUCAGGUGGCUCCAAGCUACAAUUACAGAUGGACAGAUCUUCACUACGAAGGUAGCAGGGGCAACAUGGAGAAACUGCAACAACUCCUAGUGACCUCAGACAGGGAGCUGGUUGACAGGAAGGAUUACUAUGGCAAGACUCCGCUCUACUGGGCUGCGUAUAAAGGGCAGAAGCUUUCCAUGGAGUUACUGCUGCAACAUGGAGCCCAGUGUGAACACGUGCUGUAAACAUGGAGGAACGCCCCUUCAUGCAGCCAUUGGCCUCUUCCCAGACUGCACUCUGCUGCUGAUACAGCAUGGUGCUGAUGUGAACCUUCAGGAUAACUGGGGAGUGACUCCCAUGUACCUGGCAGCUUGCAGUGGGCAGAUAGAGUGUAUCCGGCUUCUGGUGCAGGCUGGCGCUGACAUCACUUACAAGAACAAGAAGACAGGAGCCACCCCUAAGCGUCUGGUCUCACAAACUGCACUGAUAUCCUGGAUUGAAUCCUGCUGCCGACAGCCGCGCUCCCUGAAACACCUCAGCCACCUGCGUAUCCGAACCACCCUUGGGCAUCAGAGGCUUGAAGCCAUUAGGGGAUUUGACCUCCCAACCCCACUGAAGCGCUACCUUAUGUAUGAGGAUCUUGUUCUGCAGGAUGGCCUGUAGCCGCGGGAAGUCUGGCCAGUCUACACCUGUACCCACAAGGACAAAGUGACAAUGGGGAGAGGAGCCAACGCUGUUUCAUCUUUUCGUCAUCAGCUCCUCAAAGCCACAAGAGAGAUGGAUUUUGUGUUGUCAUCUUACCUUUCUGUGGCCUAAUCUGAGCCCCAUCCGGGAACGGAUCAGAGGCUGCUGUCUGUGGAGACUGCUGGUGAUUCUUACUCUGGAACAUGCCUGUAGCUCCAGCGUGCAUUGAGGAGAGCAGGGCUCUGUCUCCUGCCCUGAAGAGCUUGCUAGGUAACAUGCUACAGCAGAUCUCAGAGAGCUGGUCUUGGCCAGGAGAGAAGGGGAGAAGCGGCUCCUCUCCCUCCGUUUCUCGUUCAGAGGAACUCGCUCCACUCAAGGACACCCCUCCCAUCUAAACCAGACUAAAAAGGAAAGCAGGAGCUCUUGGUAUCGCACUUCCAGGAGCUCCUGAACGCCCCAGGUCUCAAGUAGAGCCGUGAGCUCUGCCUCCAUGAGCUACUACAUGGAGUAAAAUGCUGAAGAUCGGGCUGUGUCUGCGCCAAGUGUCAUCCCUGUUCCCCCUCACCUGCUCAUCCUGAGGACUGCAGCAAGCCUCUGGCAUGGAGGGGUGGGGAUGCCAGGAGGACCCUGCAGAGUACUAUGCAGGAGGCUACUACCCUGUGCAGAAGGGAGACACAUUCAGUGGAAGAUACCAGGUGGUGCACAAGCUGGGCUGUGGCUACUUCUCUACAGUCUGGUUGUGUCAGGACAUGGUAGAGAAGAGGCGUGUAGCUGUGAAGGUGGCCAAGGGUGGGGAGAGCUUUGCUGAGGCUGCCCAGGAUGAAAUCUCUCUCCUCCAGUGUGUGAGCAGCAUGAAGAAGAAGGACCUGGCAGGGGAGAAUAUUGUCCAUUGUUUAGAUGACUUUAAAAUGAUUGGAGCAAAUGGCUUUCAUGUGUGCUUGGUGUUUGAGUUGCUGGGCCCUUCUCUGCGAUGUCUGAUGAGGAGCCAUGGAACCCAGGGUCUCCCCUUGCCCUUUGUGAAAAAAGCCUUACAGCAGGUACUGGCAGGGCUACAGUUCCUGCAUACAAAUUGUCGGAUUAUCCAUACAGACAUCAAGCCAGAGAACAUCUUGCUGCAGUUGGAUGAGGAGAGUCUCCAGAAGCUUCUGCAUGACACAGCUGCCUGGAGCCAAAGUAUAAAUCUGGGCCUAAAGAAACCAGGAAUUCUUGCCAAUCAAUUGGAUCAUUGCAAUAUAAUGAAAAUGGGAGUGAAAAUUGCAGACCUAGGCAGCGCAUGCUGGACCUACAAGCCUCUUUCCAAAGAGAUCCAGACCCAGCCAUACCGAGCCCUGGAAGUUCUUCUUGGGUUAGAUUACAGCACUCCUGCAGAUAUCUGGAGCACAGCCUGCCUGGCAUUUGAAAUGGUGACCGGCGAGUGCCUUUUUGAACCCCAGGCCGGGAAAUAUUUCUCCAGAGAUGAUGAUCAUGUUGCUCGUAUCAUUGAACUCCUGGGAAGAAUUCCUCCUAAAAUUAUUUUCUCCUGGAAACAGUCGUCUAAAUUCUUCAGCAGACAAGGUGCUCUCCUACGGAUUUCCAGGCUUUUCCCCUGCACUCUGUACAACACCCUAAUGGACAGAUACAACUGGACAAAGCAAGAGGCCGCUCCAUUUACUAGCUUCCUUCUGCCAAUGCUGGAAUACACACCAGCCAAACGGACAACAGCAGUGAAAUGCCUCCAACACCCAUGGCUGAGUACCCAGUGUCCAGAUCAGCCUUGUGACUCUUUCUCUGGAGACGGAACACAGAAGAUCAGUUUAUUCCACAGGACAUAGAACCAUACCAGAUGGCAAAUCUGUUGAAGAUGCAGGCCAUAGAAUUCAUAGUGGAAUUCAAGCAUUGGCAGCCUUUUUCUCUCCCACUAUGUUCCUGUCCUUUCACCAGGCUCCAUUCCCUUAACACCAUAAUCCAAGUAGCCUGACUGAGUCUCACUCUCCUUCCUCAGCAGCUUGUUGUCUGUUACAAUGGCUCCAUCUCCUCUGUUCCUGAACCUAGGUGCUUUUACUCCAUUACUUUCCCAUUUAUUGCCACAUUUCUGCACCUGCCACCAAUCUGUCUACAGAGAUGGCACAACUCAACUUCCAUAUUGGUUUCUGCAGAAGCUAGACUUCCAUUCAAAGAAAAGUUAGGUUUCUAGUCCUCUGUGCAGAUAUCUCUAACCUGCUGCCCGCUAAAUGUGGGAAGUCACAAAUAGCUAAUCCUUCAGCAGGUAUAGAAGAGCUAAGCCCACUGUAGUUUCUCUGACUCAGAGUACAAGCUGUGAGAGGAGGCUCUACAAAGGGGUUUCAUUGUCUGGUAGUGGUACUGCUGGAACGGAAGCAGAUCUUUAGGCCUAGCUCCCUAACCAAGUAGGGAAUGUUCAUGGGCUCCAUCAGUUACUCUAGAUGUGGAGAAGCUGCCAGGCUCUGGGAAGGAUUUCUUUCCCCAUAAAUCUUAAAUUCUGUGAGAAAAGCCUUUUGCUUGGGGCAGGAACGAGGAAGAGAGGGGACCAGCAAGUCUUUAGUGUGAACUAUCUAGUACAGGUUCUCAAACUGGAGUCCGCGAGGAUACUCCAGGGGGUCCAGGAGUCAUAUCCAGGACCACCAGCCCCGCCAAUCAACUCCUCCCCCUUCCUCCCAGUACCUCCUGCAGGCCGCAGAACAGCUGUUCAGUGGUGUGCAGGAGGUGCUGGGAGGGAGUGGGGAUGGG